GUGGAUGCCGGAGGACCGGGAAGUGGAGCCCGCGCAGGUGCCCGGGUCUCUCUGGGCGCCGGGAGAGCUGGGCGGGGACGAGAAGGCGGGCUCCGGAACUGACCCCGUGGGUGCGGACGGGCAGGCGGCUCUGCCCCCGGUCCCUCUGGCCCCGGCCGCCUCGCGCUCCUCUUUGUUGCUGGCGCCCCUGCCCCUAUCCACCCUCUGAGCCGCGGGCGCGGGUGCAGACGGGAGUUCAGGGAGCACGGCGGGCGGAGCGCAGGUGUUAGCGGGGGGCGUGGUGUGCGAGGGGCGGGGUGAAGAGCUGCUGAGCCGGAGGAAACAGCGAGCUCUGUGUCGGGAUCGGCGGAGCGCAGGGCGCCGGGAUGUGACUUCUCGGGGUGCACUGGGGGCGGGGGGCGGGGGGAUGCCAGUGCAGAGGCCCUGCCGUGGGCGAGGGUGGGCCGUGUAGACUGCCCAGCUUUGUGCGCCGCCGUGGAUCGAGUAAGGUGGACCCGGGACUCAGGCGGCGGGGAAGUCGGCCCCUCCCCUCCAAGGUGUAGACCGGCCUCUGACUGUGGUGCUGCGAGGAGACCGGCGGGAGCCCCGCGGUGGCGGUGCGGACCAGGCGGGCGAGGGAGGUCGCACGACCUCCCCCGCUGGCCCUCCCAGCUGCCCCGUCUCCCGCACGGAACGCUGGCGGCCCUUCCUUUUCCCUGCGUUCACUUUCCUCCCCGCCCCUUGUCCUCGAAGACGCAGGAAAACAGGGUGCGGGGUCACAGCGAGGUCAGUGCUGCUGAUGGGCCCCGAAUCCAGGACAGGGCUUGACACAUGAAGCCCAAUAGCAGCUGCCCUGGGGGUCGGCGGGGGCCUCUGGCGGGCACCACCACGUGUGUCCCCGAAGGCCGCUGGCGUCCCCCGGGCCGCUUCAAAACGUGACGUCCGGGCAAGGCCAGAAAUGACAGCGGGAGCCUCGCCCGGCCAGUGGGAACGACCUGCUCAGCGGUGGAAGACGACGGAAAGCCAGGGGAACAUGCAGCAGGUGGUGCCGUCAGACGGGAGCCCGGGACCGCGCCAGCUGCCGGGGGCCGCCGCCGAACGCCUGCAGGAGGGAGCCCUGCUGACUCCUCAGCAUCCUUCCUUUGCCGACGACGGAAGCCAUGGAAGCCACGGAGACUGGCCAGGAGCAAACACCACACUGGUCGACGGGAGCGCCUCAUUGCAAGACACUGUGACGUUCGAGGAUGUGGCCGUGUGCUUCAGUAGCAGAGAGUGGCAGAGUCUGACCCGAGCCCAGAGGCGCCUGUACACCGACGUGAUGCUGGAGACCUACGGGAACAUGCUGUCAGCUGGCCUUGCCGUCCCUAAGCCGUCCCUCAUCUGCCAUCUGGAGCGCGGGGCCGUGCCCUGCGCGGAGGGCCUGCAGGACUGGACGUUCCUGACACGCUCCUUCCCAGUGCCGGCUGACCACACGCGGCCCGAGGGCAGGGACUGGCCGGACGCGAAGCGCGUCCCGAAGCGCGGAGGGGCCUGGGUCCCGAGGCCUGCGUCCCGGAGCGGGGCGGCCGGGGGGGUGGACAGAAGGCACGUUUCAGACUCCAGCAAUCUGUUCUCAGAGCGGCGACAGCCCCAAAUCAGCAAGUGGGAAGCCGGUGCACCACGGUCUGCAGCGUGGGUGCACCUGGCAGAGUCCUCCCGGGGAUCCCGGAAGCGCGGGCGCCUUGUUGCCAUAGAGACCUGGGUGCGAACUUCUCUCCCAGUAGCUGGGGCUCUGUGGGCGGCAGGUGUGUGCGUGCGGCAAGAGCUGGAGUCAACAGGUGCGUGA